AUGGCGGCGGCGAUGAUAAUGGCGGCUGCGGGGGGAGGCGGCGGCGGGGGAGCGGCGGCCGUCCUGGCGGGGCCUGGCGCCGGCCCCGGCAUGGCGCCCGGCCCGGGGUCGUCGUCCUCGUCGUCCUUCCCCUCGGGCGGCUGCCUGGCCCCUCCUCAGCCGCCUCCCCCGGGCGCCGUCCGCAUCGGCGACCGGCUGUACUCGGGGGUGCUCAUCACGCUGGAGAACUGCCUCCUGCCCGACGACGCGGUGCGCUUCACGCCGUCCAUGGGCAGCGGCCUGGACGCCGAGACCGAGGCGCAGCUCCGCGUCACCGGCUGCGAGCUCAUCCAGGCCGCCGGCAUCCUGCUCCGGCUCCCUCAGGUGGCCAUGGCUACAGGGCAAGUGUUGUUCCAGCGUUUCUUUUACACAAAGUCAUUUGUGAAACAUUCCAUGGAGCAUGUGUCGAUGGCCUGUGUCCAUCUGGCCUCAAAAAUUGAAGAAGCACCAAGACGUAUAAGGGAUGUGAUUAAUGUAUUUCACCGACUUCGGCAUCUGAGAGAGAAAAAGAAGCCUGUGCCUCUAAUACUGGAUCAAGAGUACGUCAACUUGAAGAACCAAAUCAUAAAGGCUGAGAGGAGAGUUCUGAAGGAGUUAGGGUUCUGUGUGCACGUCAAGCACCCUCAUAAGAUAAUCGUUAUGUACCUUCAGGUAUUAGAAUGUGAACGUAACCAACACCUGGUCCAGACGUCAUGGGUAGCCUCUGAGGGUAAGUGACUAAGACUUCUCCUCUGCUGCCCAAUCGUUCUGGUGCAGGGAUAACUGCCGUCUUCAGUCAAACCAAAGCAGGCUUCGCAGAGAGAAGGCUGGCUCUAGACAG